GGGGCUCCGGAGUGCUGGCACGCGCCACAUCCCACCCCCCUGCCGGCAUUCGGCGGAGGCUGCAGUCGAGCGGAGGGGACUGCUUGGGAAGCUGCUGCUGCUGCCGCCGAGCUCUCAGUGGGGGGCGAUUUUCCCUCCUGCGGCAUUAGAGCAGGGUGGGGGAGAGAUCCGAAGGGCAGCAGUAGCGUUAGCAGCAGGCAGACGCCGCCCGGCGUGUAGAGCACCAUGAGGAUGAUGAGCUCCCCUUGGGCUCGCUUCUACUCCAACAGCUGCUGCCUGUGCUGCCAUGUCCGCACCGGGACGAUCAUCCUCGGGAUCUGGUACCUGAUCAUCAACUCGGUAGUAUUGCUGAUUGUACUGAGUGCCCUGACGGACCCUGGCCAGUACCACUUGACAUCUGCUGAAUUGGGGGGUGACUUUGAAUUUAUGGAUGAUGCCAAUAUGUGCAUUGCCACUGCAAUCUCUCUUCUCAUGAUUCUCAUCUGCGCAAUGGCCACAUAUGGUGCAUACAAGCAACAUGCAGCCUGGAUCAUCCCGUUCUUCUGCUACCAAAUCUUUGAUUUUGCACUCAACACCUUAGUGGCUAUCAGUGUGCUUGUUUAUCCGAACACAAUUCAGGAUUACCUGCGACAACUGCCUGCCAACUUUCCCUACAAAGAGGAGAUUAUGUCAGUAAAUUCUACCUGCCUAGUUGUGAUUAUUCUUCUUUUUAUAAGUAUCAUUUUAGCUUUCAAGGCUUAUCUGAUCAGUUGUGUAUGGAAUUGUUAUCGAUACAUCAAUAACCGAAACAGCUCCGAUGUGCUUGUCUAUAUUACCACUAACGAUACAGCGGUGCUGUUGCCCCCAUACGAUGAUCCUACAAAUGGCACUGCUGCUAAGGAUCCACCACCACCUUAUGUAUCGGCAUAAGCAGAGCAUGUGAAAAUGUACCUAAGGAACAAAAAAGCUUUACUUUUCAAACAUCUGAGCAAUAGAUUCAUUCUCUCUUUUCCAGGACAGAUAUAUCAGUUGCAAACAUUUAUUUAUUGCUGCUUUUCUGUAGAUAAAUUUUAAACAUUUUUUUUUUGCCUAACAAAGCAUUGAAUUGGCUUCAGAACCAUUUUUGAUUAGCUAAAGUUGAGUAGCUCCCAGCAUAGGUUUGUUUUGUCACACCAUGUUAUGCAUUCCUAGACAAAACUGUUCCUGAUUUUAUAUCCUCAACAACUCUAGCAUGUGGAUAAUUUCUUUUUUGUUUGUUUGUUUGCUGUCUGUGAAGCCUCCCAAUCAAUUGGAAUGGGUUUCUGAAACCAUCCUUCAUGUUGCAAGCUGUCACUCAUUUGUCAUUUAAAACAAAGAGAUGUACACAGAUGCGAAGCCCACUUGAUUGUAGACAACAAUAAAAAUCCAAGAUAUUUUUCAUA